AAGGGAGGCAACUCUAACAUCUUACAAGACAACGCGGAGUGCACGACGGUAUUGUGAGAAGAAAUUAGGUGGAUAAAGACAUGAGCCAAUCAGAUCAAAAGAAAAGAAAAAAAAGCUGGUACAAAAGGCAAGCCUUUCUGAACAAGAGAGUAAAAACUGGACAUCGCCUCGAAGCUGGGCAAAAGGGCUUUAUUAUCACCUGCAAUGAACACGAAAAAGAUGCAGUCAGAGAGGCAUAUAACAUUCUCAAUGAGUACGCAGAAAAACUGUAUGGCCCGGAAGAGAGCAAGCAAGUAGUGAACACCAGUUAUGAUGAUAAUGAAGAGGAAGAUAUAGAGAAAGCCAUUGCAAAUGAAGUACAGAACCUUAAAGCUGUUGAACAAUCAGAUCGGCGUUUCCAGAAUUGCCAAACUGGUGCUAAAAACUGCAUCUUUAUCAAGACUACUUUGGAAGAUCCAGUUCAACUUGCUUAUGCUAUUUUUUCAGACAUGCAGAAAACAAAGAUAAGAAAGGCAAGGUAUGCUUUACGUCUAUUGCCUGUAGUUGGAACUUGCAAAGCUAACAUGAGUUCUGUAGAAACUCUUGCCACGGAAGUACUAGCUCCAUAUUUCACGGAUACUAAAUUUGAGAUUACGUAUACCAUUAAUUUCAAAGCAAGGAAUAAUAGUGGUCUUGGGCGGGAAACGGUGAUUUCAGUACUGAGAAAAAUAAUCACAGAAUCUUUCCCAUCAGUGUUGACAAGAUACACAACUACUUCUCCUUAUUUGACCAUCAUGGCUGAGGUGAUGUGUGGUGUAUGCUGCAUUGCUGUGGCAAAAGACUUUGCCGUUUUUCGCAAAUACAAUCUUGUUGAAGUUGCCAGUGAGAGACCUACAGCAUCUGACCAGACUGACAACAUGAGUGGCAAACCAGACUCAGAAAGCACGAAUAACAUGUCCGCAUCAGGGGGUAACAACACAAACAUUGAAGCAAGAGCGAAAAGUAAUGAUGACACAUCACCAGUUAAGGCUGGAAGCAUAAGCACCCAACAGAAAGGAAACAGUAAUGAAGGUGGGAUUUUAGUCAUUGGUGAAACCAUGAGCAUAAAGCCAGAUCAUACAUCUGCAGUCAAGGACAAUGACAUUGGCGAAAAUAUGAGUAUCAAACCAGGUGUGGAAAGCACAAAUGAUGUGUCUGUAAUCGUGGACAAUAACAUGAGGGGUAAGCCAGAAAUCCAGAGUGAUGAUGAAGGAAGGGGAAAAGAAUUAAGGAGAGAUGACAGUAAUGAGGUGCACUCAGAAGAACAGUGAUUCAUGGUAGAAAUUAUUUGCCUGAAACAGUACUUGCAAAUUAGUCUUCUAACAAAUUAAAUGGGUUUAAAAUGUGGAAACAGCACCAAGGAAAAAAAUUAUUAAAGAUAUUUAAAAAUAUGGAUGGUAUACCAGGCUCUUCUGAUACAAGAAAUUGUGAAACUGUUCGGAGAACAAUUUUUGGCGAAAAGCAGCAUAAGGUAGUGUUGAAGAGAUGAGAUUUUACAUCAAAACAUAGCCAAAUAGCUUUUUUCAUUGUAUUUCAAAGAAUUUUAUUCACACUUUAAGAAGACAGUGUACAGAGAUCAUGAAUUACAGAUUGUGAGUUUAUCCCAUGAUAAGAGUUGAAGCAAGCAGAUGUCUGUGUCAGUAUUUUGUCAGAUUGUAACUGUAGAAGGUAAGGGAGAAAAAAAAUUAACACAACCCUAACAAAAACUGGCGCUGAGGUAAGUGACGGCUCUGACCCAUCACUCCCCUUGGCAGUAAGGACUCUCUUUACCUUUAGCACCUUUGAGUCUUAUAACCUUGUAACAAAUGAGUAGGAAGGUGUGGACUGUGCUUGCUGAGACUGAAAGACGAAUCCAGACAGUCGAGACCAAGUGCC